AUGGUGGCUUGGCGGAAAACGUUUACGGUCGUGCUGGACGAAGACAUGUGUUAUUCGUGUUUUGCCACGACAAAAUAUUCAUGCAUAAAAUGUGGUCACUCUGUUUGUAACCAUUGCUCGGGGUUUAAAGACGACGAGGGAACCCCUGGCUGGGUAGCUGGAAAGUCCGUGGGAUAUUGCAUCUCUUGUGAGAAGGAAGAAGGAGCCAGUACAAACAACGGACAAGAAGAGAAAGCAAACAGCGGACAAGGAAUGAAAACAAAAAGCGGACUAGGAGAGACAAGAAGCAGUGGUCAAAGAGAGAAAACAAGCAGUGGAUGAGGAGAGAAAAUGGACAACAACGGAGAAGACAAACGUGAGGAGGCCACAAGUUGGUGAGUAGUGUUUUUGACCGUUUAUUGAUUUGAUUAAAUUUUAUUGAUUUGAUUAAAUUGAUGUUUGUAUGAUGCAAUUUAAGUUAUUACUUUGAAAAAGUGAAGGGCUAAAAUAAAAAGCAAAAUGAAGGAUAUUCCAAAAGAGGGGAAAGGGGGUUGGAGUGGACUGGUAACAGAAAAUUAACAUAGCCCUGACGUUACCCUGUGAUUCUGUUGAUACAAAGCCUGUCAUAUACCUGGAACUGGGGGAUAACUCCCUUAUGUGGGCUACAUAGGCAUGUGCGGCCCCAAAGGGUAUGGUUUUUCAGCAGUUUUGAUCAUAAAUAGGGUAUCGAUUUUGAACUGGGUAUUUUCUUUUAGAAGAAGCUCCUUUUACAUCUCUAUCGAUAAGACCAUUAACAAAAGCCCUUCAACUGUCCCAGUGGCAAUGGUCAUGAAUUGGGGAUCCAGUUUUUUUUGUCAGAUCAUAAAUAGAGUAGGGAAAAUCGCAGACGUUUGUCAUAAAUAGGGUAAGGGUUUUGGGAAGCGUGCUACACACCCCCACCCAAUUUUUCUUGGAGUACCCCCCUCACCCUGGGACCUAGCAUAACUAAUUAUUGAUCAAUGACAAACACUAUUUCUUGUUAAUAGUGUUGUCUUUGGGGACCUAUGUAUAUAAAUAAGAUUGUUUAUCACUGAAAUCAUGACUAAUCAUUGUUUUUAUUUUGUUGAAAUCUUGCAUCUAAAUAUUAUGUUGUAGAGAUUGGCACCCACUAAAAAAACUGUUUAUGGAUAUGAAUAUAAGUAUAAAUUAGAAGAAAUGAUGUGCCAUAGGUUUGUUAUAUCAUUGAGAGAAAGACCUAUCUGUUUGAUAAGGCCAAUAAUAACAGUUAUUAUUGCUAAUAGUUUAAUAAUAAUUUUUUGCUUCUUGAUCACAUAGUGCAGCUCAUCAGGAGCCAGAAGACAUGUCCUAUGAGAGUGAUGGCGAAGAAGAUGAAAAUGGGGAUGAGGAUGGAGAUGCAGAGGACUCUGUUUCUGAGAAAACUGACAAAAAGGCAAAGAAAGCAGGCAGAAAAGCAAAAUGGUCUCAGUCCCUGUUAGAUGAUACUAUAGAUAUCAUAAUAAGUAGUGAUUAUUUCAAGAAAAAACUUAUAUUCACCAAUGUUAAAACUCAGAAAAAUGGACAGAUCUAUGCCGAGGUACUUGCUGAACUUAAGAAGAGAUGCAAGUCUAGGAAUGAAAAUGUUUCCUUUACUGUACCACAACUUAGAUCAAAAUUUAAAAAGCUUGUUGCAGAAUGUAAGAGUGUAGCUUUGACCACCAAAACUUCCACUGGGGUGAAACGAUUCCAAGAUGACAAGGGUUACAGUAACUGGUUCAAUCAGUUGUUUGAAGUUAUCAAAACACAUGACUCUUGCAGACCAGAACUGGCUGUAGAGCCAUCAGCAUCAAGAGAGGAGGUAACUCAGUCAACAGAAGAUGAGGGCAAUAGUCAAGCUUCUCAAGACUGUGUUGGUAAGCACUUUGUGCCUGUGAAAUCAGCUCCAACCAAGAAACUGAAAAAAGAAGACCCAUUGGUUGAAGCUAUUCACUUAAUGAGGAGUGCAAUUGAAAAUGACCCCACAAAACAGCUCAUCCAAUUCUUAAAAUCAGAUAUUGAGAAAUCAAGAGAGCAUGAGGUCAAACUUUUCCAAUUGCUUUUAACACAUUCCACCCUAACCCACAGACACAGUAUGGAUUAG